AGAAAAAGAUGUCGGGUGGAUGGAGCACUGGCCUGCUUGACUGCUUCAGUGAUUGCAGUGUCUGCUGCUUGGGAUUUUGGUGUCCUUGCGUUGUUGCUGGGCGUGUUGCAGAGAUUGUCUCAAAAGGAGAAACCAGUUGUUUUUGGCAUGGAUGUUCAUAUGCAGCAAUUAAUUUCGUUACUAACUUCGCAUUCGGCAUUUCUUGCGGUUUCUGCAUUACUCGCGGCUUUCGAACCGAACUGAGGGAGCAGUACACGUUGGAGGAAAAACCUUGCAACGAUUGCUGCGUUCAUUUCUUCUGCAACCCCUGUGCCCUGUGCCAAGAAUACCGUGAGCUCCAGGAACGUGGUUUCGAUGUUGCCAGUGGGUGGCUAGGAGAUGCGUCCCAGAAUCGUGGAGUGGUGACAGCACCAGCUAUGCAGGGUGGCAUGAAUCGUCAGUCUGAUCACAAAUAAUAAUGCUGUUGGCUUGAUGGUGGCAUGGAAAUCAUACCAUCUGGAAUAAAAGAAUUCGUUUUCGUUUUUUGUUUGCUGUCUCUUUGAAUAAAAGAGUUCGUUCUCGUCUGAAUUUUUCAUCAAGAGUAAGGUUCUUUUGAGUUUGAGAAGUCAAGGGUUGUCUCUGUCUGUUGAGUUUCGGUACGAAUGUUUUGAAGACUUUUUGUGUUCAUUUGUUUAUUGUGGGCUUGUUUUGUCAUCGUAUUCAACCAAGUUGGUCUUUUAUGUUUCAUUGAAGUCUCUUU